AUUCAAUGAUAGAACUGCCUAAUAGUGACAGAGUUUGUUCGCUAAGAGCUGCCUCUGACACACUUUGUGCUAUUCGAGAGAACGGCCGUCUUCCUUCCAGGUGGUUAUAUUGAGUUCUUUGAACAACAGAAAAAAAUGGACAAUAACGACGGAGGAUACAGUGGAAUUGGCUACCAGCUGAAGGUUUUUAGACUGCUCGCUCUACAGGCCAUUUCAUUACAACAUGAAACAUGGGAAUUAUCAACAGAGAAUAAGCAUGCAGGAAAAUUUGAUGAUGUUGUUUUCGAAAGUGGAGAUGGUGGAAUAGAUAUUUUGAUACAAUGCAAACAUAAAAAAGAAAAGAAAAAAUCAAAGGAUCCGGUACUCGAUUGGAAAACCCUCCUUCCGGAAUAUUACAACUACUAUAAGAUGAAAAUCUGUAACUCAUUCGAACGGAAGCUAUUGGUGAUAUUAUGCUCAAAUAUUGGACCUUCGGAUGGUGAUUUUCUUGAACCCAUGAAGAUUACUAUAAUACCAGGAAAGUACAAAUCUUAUCAAUUCAAAAGCUCAAAAAUUAAAGAAAUUCAAGAAAUAUUGAAUGCAUUUGAUGAUCAUUCCCUGAAGUUUUGUGAGGAAUUUAGAUUUCUUCAUUUCGUCGAUUCAGCAAUAGAAGACGGUAUCAUAGAUAAACUAGAAGAAGCACAGAAAAUUUUUGGUUUGAAAUUUUCUAAACUUCAUUUCAAAGAGAGAAUAGACGAAUUCUUUCAGGGAAAACUGCAAAAAGAAAGACGUAUCAGAAAGUCGCACGUUAUAGCUUUUUUGUACGACUCGCGACGUCAGGAUUACCUGGAAAAACUAGAUUCUUUUGAAAUAGACUUCAAAGAAUUAUAUGCCUUUGGUGAAAAUCAAAUAACCAAUAUUGUAUCAGAUUAUCAUUUCUCAAAUAUAGUCAAGAUCCAUAGAAGCUUACUGAGAGUUCAUAGCCCCAGCAAAAACGACCAACUUUACAAAAAAGAUCAACUUCUGUUCAUCGAUCCAAGUGAUAGAAGUGGAAUUUUGGACAAAAUAAUACAAUCAUUUGAGGUUCCUGGAUACUGCAUACUUGUCAUUUCCCUCAGAAACUCUGAUCAAUUCCGUAAAAUUCAAUCCCGUAUAAAUGAUAUAUUGAAUAAACAACAAUACAAGAAAGUCAUAAUUUUGUCGAAAGUCCCAAUCCAGGAUGAUUCAAUUCAGGAUGAAAUAAAAUUUACUGAUCUAACAGAAGCAUGCCAAACUACCCUAUUGUCAAAAGAAGUUAAUUUACAAGGAACAUAUCUGCCUAUUAAAGAGCUCAUCAAUAAUUCAGUGGAAAAUAUUGAUUCAAUAAUAGACCAGGAGACUAUUAUUGACUUGAUUUAUGGUGAAACUAUUCAAAUAGGUACAGCCAUUAGAGACUUGGGUGAAAUUGAGCAUUAUUACAUAGAGAGAAAAUUCAAACUCGAAAAAAUGGUGUUCACGGAACAAGAUAUUUGCAAUUUCAUUGGUCAACCUGGAAAAUUUGUUCUGAUUUCGGAUGGAGCAGGAAUGGGAAAAACUACAAUCCUUACUAAGCUUGGGUGUUUGAUUAAGAAAACAUAUCCCAGUUCCUUCCUCAUAAGAGUUGAUCUGAAUAUGUUUACCAGCAUAUUCAAAGAAUUUCAAGCAUCGAGUAAACAAUCAGUCAAUUUAGAAGAUAUACUACAGUCGAAAGAUAAAAAUUAUUUCAAAAAUAGUUUAGAACAGAAUAUUUUCUCAAAUACAAACAACAUCGUCCUGAUGGUCGAUGCUGUAGAUGAAAUAAGUCCGGACUACACUAGUCUAGUCCUAAAUUUCAUGCUUCAAACGUCUGAACGUAGAAAUGUUUUGAAAAUAUUUGUUACAACUCGUCCUCAUUUGACGAAGAAAUUGGAAUCUUUUCUGGAUACUAAAUCAUAUCGAUUACUCCCAUACUCAGAAUCGGAACAAACUGAUUUCCUCAUGAAAUACUGGAAGAAGAACCUCAGAAUAGAUGAUCAUAAAAAGAUAACUAAAUGUGAGAUGUAUGCAAAAACAUUAAUGAACAAACUGUUAGAUUCGCUGAAAAUUCGUCGCUAUUGGAAAUAUUGGAAUUUCAUAGGCAUUCCACUUCAGACCAAAAUGAUUGCGGAAAUAUUCCAAGGCUCGGAUGGCAAGAAAUACGAGUGGAUGUGUUGUGAAAAUUUUUUACUUUCAGAAGAUGAGACAAUGGAAUUUCCAAAUGAAAUCAACAUAACUAAAUUGUACGAUAUGUUUGUGAAGAAAAGACGGGAAAUCUUCAUCGCAGAAAAAUGCAAAUCUCAAGGAAAUGUGAAAGCGGAGGAGAUCAUUUCGAAAUACUAUGAAGAUGAUAUGAAUGAGCACCAAAAACUUGCUGCUCGAGUAUUACUCAAUGAUCACCAAUAUUCAUUGAUGAAUGUUUCCAAACAUGUUAACAAUAGCUCCAAAGAAACUAUCAUCGGAAUGGGAAUGUUACAAGAAACUGGAGACAAGUUAUCGUUCGUUCAUCAUACAUACGCUGAAUAUUUUUUGGCUAAAGCAAUGUGGGCACAACUGAAAGAAACUGCAGAACGCAAUGAAUUUCUGAGGUUUCUUUUUGGAAAUGUGUUUACAAACAUGGAAUUUUCAAUGAUCAGAGCUUUUUUCGAAGGCAUACUCACCAACGAAUACUCUCAAAUCACAGAGAAGCUUUUUGAAAUCUGCGGUUCUACAAUUGACCUUAUAAUUUGGCAUGAAUCCAAGAACAUAAACCUUCUAGCAAGAGAAGGCCGCAAAAAUAUCUUGGAACUAAUACUAGAGAAGAGUCAAGAUAAAUCUGUUCUCGAAAACCUUACUGCCUCAACAUUUCCUGACAUGCCUUUAGAUGGUAAAACUAUAUUAGCAGAAGCACUUCAAUUUCAAGAAAUAAUAGAGUUCUUAUUAUACAAGGGAGCAGAUGUGAACCAAAGAGAUAAACAUGGUCGUACAGUCCUACAUUAUGCAGCUGAAGAGUGCAAAAUAGAAUUGGUAAAAUAUCUUGUCAGUAGAGGGGCCAGAAUCAAUGUUGAAGAUAUCGAUGGUUUUACCCCAUUACACUUGAGUGUGGAAGAAAAUUCCCUACAGCUUUUUUCUUAUUUCAUCGAAAAUGGGGCUGAUGUAAAUACCAAAACUGCUGAAACCACUCCUCUGCAAAGGGCUGUGCAAAAUAGAAAUUUCGAAAUGGUCGAAGAACUGACGAGAAGGGGUGCUAAUGUUCACGAAAUGAAUUGUAGAGGGUGGACUGCUCUGUUCUGGGCAGUAUACGUGGGCGAUCUAGAUAUACUGAAUCAUUUGUUGGAAAAAGGAGCCAGAGUAAAUGUUCUGGAAACACGUUUUGGAGAUACCCCUCUCCAUGUGGCAGCACUACAUGAUGAUUUGUGUUGUUUGCAAAUCUUAGUGGAUAAUGGGGGUGAUGUUAAUAUCCAGGAUAACGAAGGUAAAACUCCUCUCCAUGUGGCAGCAGGAGAGGGUCAUUCGGAUUGUUUGAGGAUAUUAGUGGAUAGCGGAGGUGAUGUUAAUAUCCAGGAUAUUUACGGCAAAACUCCUUUCCAUCGUGCAGCAGAAGAGGGUCGUUUAGAUUGUUUGAGAAUGUUAUAUUCCAGAUAUGUUCAGAACGAAACAGAGAUUCAUUGA